ACAGUUGUUUUCGACUUUUCUUUUCCGCAGAAUUCCCGUUCUGAAAUGCCAUCCAAUGAAGUGCAAUCAAAAGCAUAAAUUGAUGCGAAUUUCUUUCAUCUUUUUAAUAGUUUUGCUAUUUGUGCGUGGCUAUCCUGCCGAAGAGAAUACUGAGGAAGAAACCGUGAUUGAAGACUUUUUUAUAUGUCGUACCUGCGGAAAUGAUGUCAGCGUAGCGAAUCUAGCCUUCGACAAAUACACCCCACUAGCGCUUAGCGUGACAAAUCACUCUUUCACGGAAACACGUUCCGUGCUAAUACAGGAAGUGCAGAAUCCUCUCGGAAUUCGGUUUCACAUCUUUCUCGUAAAGCAAGCCUCCUGCGCAAAGGUUCACCCGUGGACAAUCAAGUCGACCUGGUUCCCUGGCUACGCGUGGAAGGUUUGCGUGUGCCCCAAGUGUCAUACACUGCUCGGGUGGAUGUUCGAACCCGUCGAGAGCGCCACGGCAGAGCAAAGUUUCCCUUCGGAGGCGGGUUUCUACGCAAUCAUCUUUCAGAACAUCAUCACAGAAGGAUUCGUGAACUCGCUGCUUAUGAAAGAAAAAGCACUGCGCGAUAAUUGACAUACAUAACCGAAAGGAAGAAAACGCAACUCACAACCAUGGUUGACCCCAAGAGACACAUCAACAUCCUUUCGCCAGAGGAACAGGCGUUCAUUGAGGAGUGCGACAA